AUGUCUGGACAUGGAAAGAAAAAAGUAGUGGCUGGCAACCCUAGAAGUGCAUCAAAGAAAAGCAAAUCAGCCAAGGCAGGUCUGCAGUUCCCCGUGGGCCGUAUCUACAGACUGCUCCGAAGAGGGAAGUAUGCUCAUAGGAUUGGUUCUGGUGCUGCCAUCUACCUGGCUGCAGUGAUGGAGUACAUGGCAGCAGAGGUCCUGGAGCUGGCAGGGAAUGCUGCACGUGAAAACAAGAAGACUCGGAUCCUGCCCAGGCACAUUCAGCUGGCUGUGAGAAACGAUGAUGAGCUGAACAAGUUCUUUGCCUGUGUGACCAUUCCUCAAGGCGGGGUUAUGCCUAAUAUCCUUUCUCAGCUCCUUCCGAAGAAAACCAGUAGAAAUGUUUCUUCUUCUCAAGAAUAUGGUGGUGGUAGCCAGUGA